GCAGUGCWGGACWGCUAUAAAAGGCAGCCCAAGUCUCUGCUCUCUCAACCACUUCUCUUGCCUCCUUCUCCUCAGGAAUCAGGUGCACCUGUGACCCCGAGCCAUGUCCUGCUGCCCACCCUCCUGCAACCCUUGCUGCCAGCCCUGCGGCCCCUGCCCGCUGGCCAACAGCUGCAAUGAGUGCUGUGUCCGCCAGUGCCAGAGCUCCACUGUGGCCAUUGAGCCGCCUGCUGUGCUGGUGACCCUGCCUGGCCCCAUCCUCAGCUCCUUCCCUCAGAACACCGUGGUGGGAUCUUCUACCUCUGCUGCYGUUGGCARCAUMCUCAGCUGUGGYGGAGUGCCCAUCAGCUCUGGGGGCUUUGACCUCUCCUGCAUCACCAACUGCUAUGGUGGCAGCAGGUGCCGUCCCUGCUAAAUCUGCUAGCGACAUCCUUGGGCAAGGUUCUCCAAGACACCUGAACCUGGUUCCGGGUAGAGACUGAGCUUUGGGACAUUGUAUUUAGUGUCUGAGCUAUUGUUCCCUUCUUCUACUCUUCCAAUUCUUUAUUUGCCAUCCAUGUCUCCCCAGGCCAGUCUAGUGGGGACAUGUUGCCCUCCCUCCCUCUUUCUGAUGGGCAGAUUGACACUCUGCAGGAGCCCCACUGCAUUUUAGUUGCUGCUUCUGGUCCUGUCCAUGAGCCACCGCUUUUUCUACCUUACAUUCAUUAAAGCUGUGCAUCCAAA